CGGGUUUGUUUUGCGUUUUGACGAUACCUGAUUGGCUGAGACUCAAGUCAAUCCCUGGAACAGAGUUGCCGUGUGACGCGUGCGCAUCCCAUUGUUUGCGUGAGGCCGUUUUUGGCGCGAGAGCGGUUCGCUCAGGCGCACGCUGAUUGGCUGGACGCGCCACUGGACGGAUGCAUGCGCGAAAGGCAGAAACUCCUGUGUGCAGGGAAAAAGCCGCGGCCGCCUCAGCCUCAUUAUCCAACGCGAAUAAGAAAACAUCGAUAAUAUCUCAGGGAGCUCUGAAUGCUGUAAUCCACAAAUCAUCUCUGCACUUUAAAAGGUCACGUCCUCCAAUAGAAUACUGUAGUGGGAACACUUUCCUCCCCGGACCAGGGAGCCACACAGGUCACACUUGCUCAUAGGAAAGACAUUCAGAAUAAGCCAUGGCAAAGAAGAACCAGAACCGUGAAGAUGAUGAGGCUGCUUCCUCAGAUGAGGAAGAGUAUGUAGUGGAGAAGGUCAUGGACAGGCGAGUUGUGAAGGGCCGUGUGGAAUAUUUCCUGAAGUGGAAAGGCUUUUCAGACAAACACAACACAUGGGAACCAGAGAAGAACCUGGACUGUCCAGAGCUUAUCUCAGAGUUCAUGAAGACCUAUAAAAAGGGAAGCAGCGGAAGCACACCCAGCAGCAAGCCCUCCAGCACAGGCUCUUCUUUGGCCCGUCCCAAAGACAGUAGUAGCAGCAGCAGCAAGAGGAAAAACUCAGAGGAAGAGAACGGGAGCGGCAGCAAACCCAAAAAGAAAAAGGAGGAUGAGAUCCUUGUAGCGAGAGGUUUUGAGCGAGGCCUGGAGCCUGAGAAGAUUAUUGGGGCAACAGACUCCUGUGGAGACCUUAUGUUCCUUAUGAAGUGAAACACAUCUGAACCAAAGCCACAAGUCUGACCAUAUUCUAGUUAAAAUAAUAGUGGACGUUGAAUUUUAAUUUAAAUCCCAUCACAAGUGGUUACAGGAGAUGCACGUUGAUACCAGGAGUAAUCAGGGAAGUGUCUCAACUGACCAAUUGUGAUUGGAUCACCCGAGAUGGGUGUUAUGACAAAAGUGUCAAUGGCCACAUUUACACCUGGCAUUAUGUUUGAAAUGAUGCAAACUGAUCCAUUCUUGUUUCUUUGUCAACUUUGCUCACAUCCACACUCCUGCCCUGUGUGAGACUGUACAACCAUUAUUCUUUUGUCACCAUUCUAUACCUAUUUACACCUGUACAUUU